UUUUUUGUUAAUUAAAUAAAAAUAAAAAAGAAGAAGAAGGGCGGUACUCUUCUUCGAUACCAGUCUAGGAGUGGAGCGUCUACACGUACGAACACCAAGCAGCAGAUACAGACAGCCAGAGGGGGUGGGGUUACCUUUUAUUGGUCGAAGUAAGCUGUUGUACUCGCUCGCUCGCUCCAACUCACUCCGACUCACUGCUCCUGCUUUUACUGGUAGUAGUAAUAUAAUAUUUGUCUGUCUGCGGCUCAGGAGCAGUGAAGAAAAUGAAGCUGCAACAACUUGUUCACACAACAAACAAAAGAGGGAAGAAUAAUUAAUGAGUGUUAUUAAUUGAGUUUAACAGUGAUUACCCCAUCCGAACAAAUAUCCCAACCCCGCAUUCCUCUUGUCUUCGUUGCUGCUCUAUCAUUUUCCUCGCCAUAAUUUCUCUCUAACUAACUAAUCUAUCUUCCAAGGAAAGUAUUUACCUCCUAGCUCCUCUCUCUUCUUCUUCUUAACUGCUUAUGGAAAUGACACCGUCAUCGGAGAUUUGUAGUGUUAAGGUUGCGCUUCAUAUACGACCCCUUAUUGCCGACGAGCGUCUUCAAGGCUGUAAAGAUUGUGUUUCUGUUGUUCCUCGACUACCUCAGGUACAAAUUGGGACACAUUCAUUUACAUUUGAUCAUGUCUAUGGAAAUGGUGGCGCAGAGUCAUCUGCCAUGUUUGAACAAUGUGUUGCUCCACUUGUUGAUGGAUUGUUCCAAGGAUACAAUGCCACGGUUCUUGCGUAUGGUCAGACGGGAUCGGGGAAAACAUAUACUAUGGGAACUGGCUUCAAAGAUGGUUGCCAGACCGGACUGAUUCCUCAAGUUAUGGGUGCAUUAUUCAACAAGAUUGAAACACUGAAGCAUCAAACGGAAUUCCAAUUGCAUGUGUCCUUCAUAGAGAUCUUAAGGGAAGAAGUGAGAGACUUGCUGGAUUCUGCAUCUGAGAGUAAAUCAGUGGUUGCUAAUGGACACGCUGGGAAAGUUGCAGUUCCUGGGAAGUCUCCAAUACAAAUUCGUGAAGCAUCGAAUGGAGUUAUAACUCUAGCAGGAUCAACUGAAGUAGCUGUCAGUACAUUGCAAGAAAUGGCAGCGUGCUUGGAGCAAGGAUCAUUAUGUAGGGCAACAGGAAGUACAAAUAUGAAUAACCAGUCCAGUCGGUCGCAUGCCAUAUUCACGAUCACAUUAGAACAGAUGCGCAAACUCCAUUCAGUUUCUCCUGUUAAUGACACUCCAGAUGAGGAUAUGGGUGAAGAGUAUUUCUGUGCAAAGCUCCAUUUGGUAGAUCUAGCUGGAUCUGAACGAGCAAAAAGAACUGGUACUGACGGUCUUCGUUUGAAAGAAGGUAUUCACAUUAAUAAGGGGCUUCUUGCACUUGGUAAUGUCAUCAGUGCUUUGGGGGAUGAAAAAAAGCGAAAAGAAGGCAUGCAUGUUCCCUACCGAGACAGUAAACUGACCCGACUCUUACAGGAUUCUCUUGGUGGAAACAGCAAAACUGUUAUGAUAGCUUGCAUCAGUCCUGCUGACAUCAAUGCUGAGGAGACUCUCAACACUCUCAAAUACGCAAACCGUGCACGCAAUAUUCAAAAUAAGCCAGUUGCUAAUAGAGAUUUAAUAUCCAAUGAGAUGCAACAGAUGCGCCAACAGUUAAAGUACUUGCAGGCAGAACUUUGUGCUCGCGGGGUUAGAGCUGCUUCAGAUGAAGUACAGGUUCUCAGGGAAAGGAUUGCUUGGCUUGAGGCUACAAAUGAGGACCUUUCUCGAAAACUUCAUGAAUACCGGAGCCGAUGUGCUAUUACAGAGAAGUGUGAAAUUGAUGCUUAUGAGGGGCAUGCCACUUCUGCAAAAAGUGAUGGACUUAAGAGGAACUUUCAGAGUAUGGACUCAUCUGAGUAUUAUAUGGAUGAAGACAUAUCAGGUGAUAGCUCUGGGGAAAUUGAUGAAGCAGCAAAAGAAUGGGAGCACACACUUAUACAAAGCACAAUGGAUAAAGAAUUAAAUGAGCUGAACAAACGUUUGGAGCAAAAAGAGUCUGAGAUGAAACUUUUUGGAGGGGUUGACACUGAAGUUCUGAAGCAGCAGUUCAGGAAGAAAAUCUUGGAACUCGAGGAAGAGAAAAGAACUGUUCAGCAAGAGAGGGAUCAUUUAUUGGUUGAAAUUGAGAACCUUGCUGCCAAUUCUGAUGGACAAGCACAGAAAACACAAGAUAUUCACUCUCAGAAAUUAAAAGCACUUGAGGCACAGAUUUUAGAUCUUAAAAAGAAACAAGAAAGCCACUUCGAGCUUUUGAAGCAAAAACAAAGAAGUGAUGAAGCAGCGAAUAGGUUGCAAGCUGAAAUACAAUAUAUCAAGGCUCAAAAGGUUCAGUUGCAACACAAGAUAAAACAAGAAGCAGAACAAUUUCGACAAUGGAAGGCCAGUCAAGAGAAGGAAUUGCUGCAGCUAAGAAAGGAGGGCAGGAGAAAUGAGCAUGAGAGGCAUAAGCUUGAAGCCCUGCAUCAACGUCAGAAAAUGGUUCUUCAAAGGAAGACAGAGGAGGCGGCAAUGGCUAGCAAAAGGCUAAAGGAGUUGUUGGAAGCCCGCAAGUCUUCACCACGUGAGAGCUCAGCUAAUUCCAAUGGACAUUUAUCGCCUGGGCAGGGCAAUGAAAAAUCCUUAAGAAGAUGGCUUGAUCACGAGCUUGAAGUCAUGGUGAAAGUGCAUGAAGUUCGUCUUCAACAUGAGAAGCAAAAACAAGAACAUGCUGCACUAGCGGAGGAGUUAGCCUUGUUGAAACAAGUGAACCAGCUCUCUCUAAAUGGGGGUAGUCCACAAGAAGGAAAGAAUGGACAUAGACAUACUAGAUUGAUGUUGAUGUCACCAAAUGCAAGAAUGGCUAGAAUUGCUUUUUUGGAGAACAUGCUGAGAGUAUCUGCAAGUGCCCUAGCAACAAUGGCUUCACAACUUUCAGAAGCAGGAGAAAGAGAGCGUACCUUUAUUGGUCGUGGACAUUGGAACCAAAUACGCUCAAUGGGAGAAGCUAAGAACCUGCUUCAGUAUAUGUUUACUGCAGCUGCAGAUGAUAGAUGCCGAUUGUGGGAAAAGGAUAUGGAAAUCAAGGAAACUAAAGAUGAAUUGAAUGAUCUUUUGAUCUUACUAAGACAAAGUGAGAUCCAGAGGAAGGAACUUCUGAAGGAGCAAAAGAUGAGAGAACAAGCUGUUGCAAUUGCCUUUGCCUCAUCAGCUUCGGAUAGCUCACGCAGUUCUUCGAAGCAUUAUGCAGACGACAUGAGUGGUCAUUUGUCUCCAAUGUUGCUUCCAGCGCCAAAGCAACUAAAAUUUACACCUGGGAUUGUUAAUGGGCCUGCUAGAGAAUCGGUGGCAUUUCUAGACCAAACGGGAAAGAUAGUACCAGUUGGACAUUUGUCAAUGAAGAAAUUGGCAGCUUUAGGGCAAACUGGAAAACUCUGGCGAUGGAAGAGGAGUCAUCAUCAGUGGCUGCUUCAGUUCAAAUGGAAGUGGCAGAAACCAUGGAAGCUCUCAGAGUGGAUCAAACACAGUGAUGAAACAAUCAUGAGGUCAAGGCCUCGCUCACAGGCUCUGGUUGCUAUGAUAUGACCACGACAUGCUGUACAUAUAUCUUGCUUGCUUAUAUGAUCUGACUCAUGGUUGAGUGAAACUCGUGCGAGUAGAGGCUGUUGUACAUUGGCAAAGAGGUUACUAUAGAGAGAGAAUGCGAAAUUACUGAUGCCGUCUUAAAUCAUGACAUCUGCAUCUUCUCAUGCCGAUGGGUUAACCGAAAUUUUGGAAAAUGGCUGAAGGUUUGAGCAACUGAGCAUGUGUGUAUGAUAAGAUUUUGAUGCUGUGCUUCAGGAUGUGGAUUUUUCCUGUUAAUCUAUUGAGUUUAUUGCUAUUAAAAAAUAAUAAGAGGAAAUGUUUCCUUUCAUUGUAGGUUGUUUCCAGUUUGCCUGUACAUGUUACGAUUUAGUUAAAGAGAUAUAAAUAAAGAGUAGUUUUUCGUCCA